ACCAGUCACAAUUUUAGAAUACUGUUUUGGCGCAAUCAAGUUUUACUUUCGCAAUGGCCAGAUGCAUGCACCCAACAAAAUAAUUAAAGGAACGUAUGUUUUCUUCGUUGUUUUGUAUACUUUUGUAUUAUUUGAAUAUUUUUAUGAAUCCAUCCAAACUAAUGAUUUAAACAGUAAGAUUGUACUUGCAGCUUUGCCCGGUAUUAUAGUGUUCAUCCAAUACAUUGCCUCUUCAAUCAAGAACUCUUCUAAUUCUUAUCCAAAGUUGAAUAUUGAAAUUAUUACAACAUUUGCUAAACUUGAUACAUUACUCCAAGUCGAAGAUAUAAAUAACUAUUAUAAUAUAUCACGUUCUAAAGUCAACUUAAUGGUGUUCCUGUUUAUUGUCUUUCACUCUGUUAAUUUAUUAUUAGAAAUAAUGACAUAUACAUAUCAAAUAUGGCUACCCAUCAUCUGGUUUCAUCUAUUUGUGACCCAAAAGAUGGAAAUAGUAAAUUUUCUACACAUCGUGUACAUGUUAACAUACAGGCUAGAUGUGAUUAAUAAAAUGUUGAGAACGUUUAUCCUUGAAAACCGGCAAAAAGACGUUACGGUAUUUAUAAUACGGAAAAAGAUUAAAAAUACACAGACAAAGAAUUUUAUUGGAAGCGCAUCAGAAGACAACGAAAAAAUACGGGAUUUGUCAGCUAUUUAUAACAUAAUUGGGAAUAAUUGUUCGUUAACCAAUAAAGUUUACAAUUUCAACCUGCUAAUGAGUCUUGUGACGGCUUUUGUAUUUAUAUUAGUUGCCAUUUGGCAGACACUCUCUUUAUAUCAGAGUUCUUCACAAUAUGACAUGAAAGAUAUAAUGAAAGUUACUCUCUGGUGUUGCAACACUGUUUUUAAUUUGGCUGCCCUUGCAGUCAUAUGCGAAAAACUCCUUCGGACACGUAAUAAGACUAGGAUUCUGGUGAACAAGAUAAUAAUGAACUAUGAUAUGCCGACGACAAUGAGAGAUCAAGCUAAAGCAUUCAUGGAACUCGUGGAGGCGUGGCCGUUGCGAUUCUUUGUAUACGAUAUGUUUUCUAUCGAUAUUACGCUUAUAUUGAAUUUCAUAAGUGUGGCGACAACCUAUUUGAUUGUCAUAAUCCAGAUAUCUCAUUUCAUUUAGUUUGAUUUCUGUUAUUAACAUGAAGCGUUUCCACCUUUUAGUUAUAAGAAGGAUCAUUGCAGAAUACCUUUCUAGAUCUGAUCAAUAGUAUUUAAACUCAUAGCUAAUAAGA